UGUCGAUGUCAGUUGGUGUCGGCGAUGUCGGCGAUAUCGAGAAGAGCAGGGAGAAAAGUCGCUCACUGGCUGGCGCGAGGCCAACACCGCUCCCACCCACCGCCGCCGCCGCCGCACCUCGUCCACCGCUACUUGAGGUGCCACUCGCCGCCGCCAUCGCCACCAUUAACCCAACCACCACCACCACCACCAAGAUGUUCGACCUCGUCCCGCCCAUGCCCCACCACCACCACCAACAACAACAACCCGUCUACACCUCCCACCCACACACCUACGCCCCACACACCUACCUCCCCCCACCACAACAGGAAUGCAAAUCCCCCAGCACCAGCACCCACCCUCCGCCCUCCCUCUACCUCCGCCAGCCCUACACCUAUACCUACCCGACACACGCCGUGAUCGAGCUCGUGGAGGCCUCAUCGGGGGGCGAGGAGGGUGAGGAAGAGGGUAAGGAAGGAGAGGGAGAGGACUCGGAAGGAGGAGAGGAGGAAGGAGAAAGAGAGGAGGAGGAGGGGAUGGGGGGAAGGGAAGGAGAGGAGGGAUGGGACGCACAGGAUAGGGAUGUAGAGGGAGAUGGGGAAGAGGAAGGAGGCAGCUCGUAUUGUUCGUCAGAGGAGGAGGUGGAGCAGGAGGUGGAAGGAGACGAGACGCAGACGACGCCCCGGCGCGCAACGGCCCCCACCCCCACCACUGCAGCGGCGCGCUCGCCCAGUGACUCGUGGAAGAGCCGCUGGAGGCGUAUCUUGGUGUGGCGCGAUGGUGCGCUUUCUCAGUCUCAGUCUCAGUCCCACUCGGGACCAUCGUCGCUAUCGCUGAAACGUAAACUCCCCUUCGCUUCCCUCUCCCCAGCGUCCGAUGCCGACGCCGACGCCGACGCCGACGACACAGGGGCGCCACACCCGCCCUCGUCCAAACGCUCGCGGUCGUCCUCAUCCCACUCGUCCCACUCCCGCUCCCACUCCUCCUCUCACACCUCUACGUCAUCCGCCCCAUUAAACCCCUGGUCCCGCCCCUCCAACCCUACCUCCCCCUCGCGCCGUCCGCACCCCCACUCCCACUCCCACCGCGACCCCUCCUCACUAGCAUACAGACGGUACAGCAACACCUCGAGCAUCACCUCCGCCGAGCUCGAGAUGCACCCGUGCCCCGCGUGCGACGCGUUCUUCCCCACGCUGCAGAGUUUGAGGGCGCACGGCGCGCAUGGGAAGGCGGUGGGGAGCGAGGCGUGUUGGGGGGCUGUUGAGUAUGCUUUUGAGUGAA